AUGCGCGGACCACUUGACGCUGUAGGUGUGUUCGAAGUUGAAUGUCUGGAGCUGAGUCCAGUGAAGGCCAGGGACCUCCAGUCCACUUCCACGCUGGAGCAGUUCAUGACCAAGCUGUGUCUGCAUCACCAGAGGCAGAUUGUCGACGCUUUGGGCUUCCUACAGACAGAGGUCAAGACUAUAUCCUCCUCCAGCACAUCACCAGCCUCUGCCUUCAAAACCUCUUGCUCAGUUAAGCAUGGUUCCCUUCAGGGUCCUAGUCCUGAACCCUGCCUGGAGAAGGGGAGGACUGGCCAGAAACUUCCCAUGGCUUCCACUCCCAAAGGACUGGUGGAGGGGGGAGAGACAGUUGGUACCAGGAGUAGCAGGUUGGCAGCCCCAGAGCAGACCCCUGAGACUGAUGUGUCUAGAAAUGUAUCUGUAGCCUUAGAUUUCCGUAAAUCUGGCCCAGAGGAGUCUAAGGCUUUGGCAAACCUUCUCAGAAGCACAGAGGACGGUGAGAGUAAACCUCUUCGAGACCAUGCUCCUCUAAAGAUCAAAAUCAUGAAGUCCAGCAGCCUGGCUGAUGGUAAGAAGCUGUCCUGUGUGCUCACCACCUCUCUUCCUGCUCUCGCAGGUACUAUGGAUAAACAGCAGGGCAAUUCUGACUCUUCAAUCAGAGCAGAUAGUUACAGCGAUGGCCCCAGCUCCUCUGUGAAAAGGCACAAUGAUGUUAAUCAUCCAAUAAGACAAAGAGGCUCCUUUGGACGUACCAGAGAUACGCUGGUCAAACAGAGUCCACCCCAAAAGACCCCCACCACCAUACCCCCAGUUUCCCCCAGGACAGCAAGGAAGACCUUGAAGGGGUCUUCCUACCAUCGGCCUAGGGACGCUUCUUCGCUGUGUCAGUUUGUAACCGACCCAGAUCUCGGCCACUGCGACAUUGUCUACAUUGACAAACCAAUCACAGACUGUUUCCAGAAAUGGCAGCACCGUCGGUUCCCGCGAAACAACGCCAGGAAAAGCACCAGAGGUCACAUGUACGUGGAGGAGAUGUGGGAGCUUAAGACUGUCCGUACAUUAGCCAGAAAGUCUGCCCGCAACUAUAGUGGCAACUCUCUCACUCCAAUGCCAGAUCUCAACACUCUGGUCACCCCUAAACAGCUGCUUGGCAAGCCUGAGGGUGUACCUCUUGUGGAUAUGCCCUUCAUUGAAGGUAUUUUAGAGACGGUCAGUCAGAGAAGGCUGAGUGUAGCACCAGAUAGUCUAUCUCGUACUGUGGUUGAGACCGCACAUCAGGAUUUAAACAGUGUUAUUAAUGACAUCGUUUUGAGUGAAAGCCCAGAGCAGGUGGUGAUGGGGAAAGAUGUGAACCCAUCACAUAAGACUUCAGAAGAAGCUGAGCUUGUCCAGGAUCAGCUGCAGACUGUGCCAGAGGGCCAGAACGUAAUCUCUGAUACCCAACAAAAGGAAUCUGAAUCCCCGAGCCCUUCCAUGGAGAGCACUGGAAACAAGGAGGAGAAUGAGGUAGUGAAUGCAAGUGCAAUUGGUAAAGAACAGGCCGAGCCACUGGAACCUCAGAGUCCAGGUGACCAGAAACCAUCUGAGGGCUCUGGAGGAGAAGUUGGCACUGAGGUUCCCACUGAGAGUGAAAGGAUGGAGGUGCAGGAAACGGGCAAGGUUGAACCAGACUGGGCUCCAGGUGACGGCAACAAUGUGCCUGAAGAGAAAAGGACAGAUGCUGAUUUGUUCUCUAAAAAGGCAGAUGAGGCAGUUGUGAAACAAUCACCUUCAAGGUGUUCUGAAAAACAGGGUAUUCCAGCACGGGUGAUUCCUUCAAAGGUGAAGGAAACUGCAGUGAUUGAGACCGAGAAUAUGAUUAUAUGUGGAUAUGUCAAUGGUAGACCUAUAGAGCAGUCUGACAGAUGUUUGCGUGAACGGCCAGCUAAAAACACCCCAGAGUCUACUCCUAUGAAGACUAAACGCCCCACUAAGACCUCUCUGAAACAAUCCGAGAAACCUUCUGAGAAGAUGCCAGAAAUUCCUCAAGUCUCAUGCCCUCCAGCCGAAUUGAUCAAAAUCUCUGUGUUCAAACAUCCCACAAAAUCCUUUAAAGCAACUCAGAACCUGCCUGACACGAAGACCCCUGUGGAAGCGAGCCAGAUCACGUCUGACGCAAGGGCCCCUAUAACAGCAAGACUGAGCAUUCCUGUCACUCCUCCAGUCGCAGACACACCAAUCGACUCCACCAGGAACCCUGAGCCCAGACACCCGCUCAGAUCAGCCAGACUGCAACAGCGAGGAGCUGUUGCCUCGCCCCCCCUCCCUGUCGCCCCGCCCCCCCUCCCUGUCGCCCCGCCCCCCCUCCCUGUCGCCCAGCCCCCCCUCCCUGUCGCCUCGCCCCCCCUCCCUGUCGCCCCGGCCCCCCUUCCUGUCGCUUCGGCCCCCCUCCCUGUCGCCCCGGCCCCCCUCCCUGUCGCCUCGCCCCCCCUCCCUGUCGCCUCGCCUCUUCUACCUGUUGCCUCGCUUCUCCUCCCUGUAGCCUCCCCUCCCCUCCUAGUUGCCGUUACUUUCAUUGUCCCCCCAGAACCAUCUACCUCCCUCCCACUCCCCUGCAUCAAGUUUAACCCUCCCCUCCCUGUUGCCUCUCCUCUUCUUCCUAUCGUCCCCAGUGCAGUCACCCAGAGCUCCGAAGAGCUGAAAGUUGCAAGAGCUCAGCCAGCUCCAAAACCCAAACCCAGCAAGACACAUAAAACUGCAGUGGAAACUAGGGUGCAAACUAGACCAAAGCUCAGGUCGUCAAUGGUGGUAGUAGCAAAGGAGGUUGAAGAGGUUGUGAGUCUGCAAGUUAGCAAUGAGGUUUCUGCUCUCACAGAGGGUACAAGCAUUAAAAAGAGUGAGGCGCAAGCACAUAGUAGUCCACUAAGACACAAAAUAAUUCCCCAAAAGAAAGGAGAACAAAGCAAAUGUACUCCAUCUGAGGGAGAACCAAGCAAAUUGACUUCCCUGAAGAAUUCAGAGGAACCAACUUUGCUGAAGAAGGCAGAGGCACCAACCUCAAUGGAUAGCAAAAUUCGAUCUGGAGAUUUCAGCAAGUCUUCCAUCAGCAGUGCUUUAGACAGACCUGGGCGAAUGCCAUUGAGGAGUGAGAGUAGUAAAACUGAAGUGGCCAGCCAUUCCAUUACCCCGACAAUUCCACCGACAGCGGUGGAGAACAGAAAGUCCGCUUUGAGAGUCCAGAGGUCACCCAUGUCCUCAACCAGUGCUCCAAUCACAGCUGAGAAAAGGAGUGGGGUGGCAUCUUCCAUGAGGCUGAAAUCCCCAGUGAGACUCUCAUCACCCAUUCAGGUUAAGGUCAAACCUGAGAGGAUAAUCAAGUCUCCACUAAGGGAUUCUCCUUUGCUGGUCAGUUCUCCUCUUCCCUCCAGCUUAGACACUCCUCUCCUCCUGCCCAAACAGUCCCCAGUACAGUCUCGACACAAGUUCCUGGAAUUACUAGACAUAGAGGAAAACCAACAGAAAAUAUCUACUCUCAACACCAGGUUCGAUAAGAUGCAUAGAGGCUGGGUCCAGAUAGACAAAGAGGGACAACCAACGCCCAGACACAAGAACAAGGCAGACAGACAGGCAGCGAUAUGGAAGAGCAAGCGCCGGGUCCGCAAGCCCAAGUCUUCGGAGCACCAGAGGUACUCCCUUGUCCAGAUGCUUUUCAAGAAUGAUUUGGACCUAGCCAGUAUCUGCCGCUGGUACAUGGAGUCAACAGAAACCCAAUCAAUGGUCAUCGUAAAGAAGGUGAACACACGUCUUCUCUCUGAGACCCAGCUGCUCUUCCCUGGUAUGUCCCAAGGGCUGUCCAAAGGGGUCUUCCCUAGCCUGCAAGCCGAGCGCUUGAAGAAACACUUGAAGAAGUUUGCCAUCGCUUCCCCUGUGAAGAGCAACCCUAAGAGCCAGAAGCUGAUUGCUAAAGCCCUGGAGCAGAAGGUCAGUACAUGUACGCCCAAAGGGAAGGAGAAGAGAGAGCUGACCACGGCCACCCGGAUCUCCACCAAAGCCUAUCUCUCCUCUGCAGAGGCACAGGCAACCGACGGCCAGAAGGCCUCAGCGAAGGCCAAGAACCCAGCCAGUGCUCGGAUCCUGCGGAAGUACUCCAAUAUACGUGAGAAGAUGCAAGGUCAACAAAGCUCCAAGAAGCCAAAAGGGGCCCCAAGAAAAGUGAUCAAAGCUUCCAAAGUCAAACCCUCUAAAGCCCCAAAGACAAAAUUGACAAAACCAACUAAAUUGAAACCGGCCACUGCCCAGAGGCAGAAAUUAUCUGUUUCUGGAGAUAAAAGUGUGAAGGAGCCAAGUGUAGUCAAAACAGCGAGAGCGCAGUCAUCGCCUAGUAGAAAGACUCCAGUAAAAGCUGCUGUCCAGGAGAGAUCAGUCAAGACUAGCAGCAGCAGUAGAACCGUAAGAGAUCUCAGUAGGAAAGAGAGUGCAUCACCACAGAGGUCUACCCAAAGAGCAAUGACCCCAAAAGCACAGAAAAACACCCUUGCUCCUUCCAUCACCCCUAAAACUGACUCAAACAAACAGCAGGUUGGAGCAGAGAAGGCAGAGGUGGAAAAGAGACACUCUGAAAGUAGAGUAUCUGAGACUAAAGGCCGUGAAAGUAAAGGUGUUGAGAGCAAAGGCUCUGAAAGUGAGGUUGAGUCUCAACAGAACAUGGAUGUCAAAACGCCAGGCUCUCCUGACCAGGUACUCACAAGGUCACAAAGGAAGAUGGAGGCCACUCCAUCCCCCUCAAUAACUCAGAGUGCAAACUCUAAGCCUGCCACAAAGAGAUCAACUGAACCAGCUAAGAAUAAGACUCUGAAGGCUGCCACAAAGAGAAGCCAGGAGAGCACACAGAAUCCAGCCAAGCGGAUCAGGAAGAAAUAGCUAGAAAUAGCUACAGUAGUAUGCAGAAAGAACAUAACAGCCAAGCUGGUUAUAAUAAGGGGGGGGGGGGGGGGGGGUGACUUGGCAAUGCCAACACUUUUGAUAAGCUUCAAAGGCAAAAUGCAAAUGGUGACUGGAAGAUAUUUAAAGUCUAGUGUGUUUGCUGUGUUUUCUGAGAGGGUACCUAUCAGACCAGUGUUGUUAUACAGAGGCAAAACUCCAUCUGGCCUCUGGUUUGGUAUUGUGUAAUUCUCUAACUGGGCUGUGGAGAUUAUUGGAAACAUGUCAGAUAUUUUUGAUGUUGGUUUGAUGCUAGGUUUAUUAGUUAUUCCGACUACAGCAUGCCAUGUCCUUUUUGUUUGUCCUACUGUUUUGUAAAGAUCACACAAGUCUCUAUUCCACGCUUUCAAUUGUUUUGUGAGGUUUAGUAAUAAUGGCAUGAGAACAUCAGUACCAUGUUGCUAAAAACAAAUAUUGAUUUUCUGUGACUGCAGCACAGCCAAUCGUUCAAUUGAAAUUAGCCCAGGUUUCACUGAACAUCAUUCUUAGAUCUAUAGCCUAUAUUCAUCAAUGUCUCCAGCCCAUCUCGUGAUCAGAGUGGUGCGAGUGUGUGGGACUUUUUGUGAUCAGGUGCCUUAUUCAUCAGAUGUAAAGUAAUGUGUUGCUAACAGGUGAAGCCUCAAUUCUCUGGCCAUUGCACAGGCACAUACUGUAGGAGGAGAAAGGGAGUGUUCUAGAUAUGGAUUUGGUGCAGGUCUGCACACAUUGUGUCAUGUUGACUUGGUCCUUCAGAACUCUUCUCCGGGUUAUUGUAUAGAGCUGGUCAUUGGUGCUGACCUGCACAACUGUGUAUCUUCAUGCACAACUUCCCUCCAUGUGUUCAGUCCCACAUGUUCCCUACUCUCCUCUGUCUUCCUGCUAUAAACCCACCCUGCUUCUCAUCAUGUGCUGUUUAUUUUCAAUGUGUAAAGGAGCAUCAUGGUUAAUUAUUCUAAUGAGUUCUCUUUGACGUGUGUUUGUUUAGUUUUAGAUUCUGGGGUUAUUUCUGUUCCUGAGCAGUAGCCUUAUAACUGUUGUUACCGUAGCUGUGUUUAACUUUCAAAAACGGUCCGAGUUCUGUUUUGAAAUUUUCACAAAUGAUUUAUUUUUCUUUGCAAUACAUGUCAGAUGUAUUAACACCUGCCUCACUUGUAUCUCUGAUCCUGUCCCUUAUAUUCUCUGAUUCUGGUUAGUUUAAUGGUGACGUUUUCCCUCUGGUGUGAUCAUUACAUGCUGUUGCAUGUGCUUUAGCUACCUGUAGUGUUUACAUUUAAAUGCUCGUUUCUCCAGUCUUUCACCUGUGCAGCAACGACCCACUCUUGAAGUGCAGUAUUCACCUCAACUAUUUCUUAUUAAACAUGUAUUUGUUUGUUCUUUCUGAAAACUAGCUUUUGUCUAAGACUAUGCAUGUUACCGUUCCUCUCUGGGUCGUGUACUGAAUGAGCAUUAAAGACUGAUGAUAAACCCUUGAAAGACAUGCCAUUGGUCACCUGUUUUGGAAGGGGGUCACUUUAAGGUCUGCUGUUUGAGAGCAGAUACCAGGGAAUGAUGCUACAGUACAUAGAGCCACAGGUUGUAUCUAAUGUUAGAUGCAUAUGUUUUGCCCAUACUUUGUGAGCUUGUAUGGUAGGGUGUGUUUACCUGUUAUUUGGACUAUAUUGCAGUAUACUGACCCCUGGUGACCAUAUAUGAAAAUUGUUGGAGAAAAAAAGUGUGUGAAUGAUCAGUCUGUACUAUAUCCCAAUGUUAUAGAAAUAACCUGUCUGGCAUGUUUUAUUUUUGUGUAUUUUAUUUCUCAGAUAGUUAUUUUAUUUCAGGAAUCCGUUUUCUUGAUGCUUCUGUACUUCAGCAAUAGCCUGACCUCCGUUUGUCAAAAGAAAGAAGACAUUUUAGGACAGUUUUAUUUUUAUUAUGGUUAUUUCACUUUAAAAGUAAAAAUGUGUAAAUGCAAAAAGGUAUAAUUCAUGUUUUAUAUUGUUAUUUAAGAAACCCCUCUAGAUAAAUGCAUACAGUAGAUCUACAUGAAGCAGUCCACCAAAUAUCAAACUUGAACAUGUUUUAUUCUUUACUGUGGAUAUUUAUAGUUUGGGAUUGUGUAUAUUGGAAAAGAAAUAAGUGAUGUGUUUGUGUUAAUCCCAAUAAUGAGACAUAUUUGAAGUUAGUGACUUUGUAUUCUUGCUGGAGUUGAUAUAAAGAUGUUUGAAUUGUA